AGAUUUUUUUCCCUUUUUUUUCUUUAUUCCUUCCAUAACUCAUUUGAGUUUUGAAUAUAAUGGGCUAAUUCUAUGUUGAUAUUUAGCCCACCCAAAUUUUAAGCCCUAAAAGCCCAAUCCUUUUCUUUCUAUCGCCGCCUCCGCUAAGCUCUGGCCUCUGACAUUCCGUCGCCACCCUCUCAGUGUCAUCCCUGAUCUCAGACCGCCAUCGACUCUGUCUCUCUCUCUAACUCUUCUCAGCCUCCAUCGUGUCUGUCUCUAUUUCUCGAACUCAAACCCUAAUCCAAACUAUCAUCUCUUGUCUCUCAGACUCUCAGACUCUGUCUAUCUCUCAAACCCUCGGACGUCGACGGUGGACCAGGCUCACCAACUGCAGUCUGCAACGGACGAACUGCACAAUUAGGUAGGUAGUCUGAUUGAGUAUUCAAGAAUGGAUGAGACCAUGCAAAGCUUAAUUGAGCUUGAGACUGAAGCCGAGCAUCUCCUUUUAGCCCGACACCAGCUGGUUGAAAAUGACAGGGUGAGGAAUGGGAAUAGAGAAGCACUUACAUCUCUGAGGAAGAUAGCUCGGACAACCAAGACUAGUGUUCCAUCUCCUUUUGAGUCGAUAAUGAAGGAGAUUGCGGGGCCUGAAUCAAGACCUUUGGUGAAGGAGGUAUGCCCCACAUGCGGUAACCAUGACUCAAAUGAGCGCACUUGGAUGAUGUUCCCAGGAACUGAUGUCUUUGCAAGGAUUCCAUUCCAUGCUGCCCACACCGUCUUGGAGUCAGAACAAGAACAACUUGACUUCGAUUCUAGAAAGCUACAAAGCAUUGUGAAGGAAAAGUCCCUUUUGAUUUCAGAAAAAGGUGUCCUUGCGGACAAGGUGUCUCCGGGUGUGAUGAAGUCUUUGGUAACCCUGACAGACAAACCAAAGUGAGUUGUGCUUGAUGCAUUGAUAUUCAAUUCCAUUGUAACCUCACAUCCCCUCCCAACUAAGGAUAAAGGAAUGAACAUUAAUCUCUCUGGCAAGCAUUAGUAAGUUAGUAACAUAGCUCUGUAUAGACUAGUGUUGAUAAUUUUCCCACCAGUGUAGCUCUGUGCAAACAACUUCUCAUAAAAUCAGCAUUUUCCUCUAUAAGGGGAAAAGCUAGAAAUUGUUGCAUGCUUUAAUAUGUGGUUACUACUUGUUGAGGGAUGUUUGAACUCGUUGCAUCGCUAUGUUGAGUUUUGACACUUGCAGAAUAGGAAAAAUGCAAUUGUACCGAUGAAAAUGUAUAGGAA